AUGCACUUCGACUUUCAGAUCAAUACAAGGCUGCGUUUUAUAACCCCUCGUUGCCCACUCUUCACUAACUUCAGCAAACCCGCCGAAUACCGAUAUGAAUCUACUACAGGCCAGCGUUUGCCAGUGGAUCAUUAUUCGGUCUGCUUGUUCGGCGAUUGUCCCGUAGCAUAUUUGCCUAAACAGUCGACCAUAGAUUUCGACGAAGCUAUCAAGACCUUUUAUAAGGCGGCAAAACAGAAGGAGCUCCACAACCCGUUCUUCCUGCCAUCAGAUCAGAUUCUGGAAAAUGACUCCUUGUAUCCUACGAGAAUGGCCGCUUUCAAGAAGCGGCGUGAACUCGCAGAUGAUCGCCGCACGAUGAGGCGUGAGACGCUCGAGAGGAAACGCGAAAGACGGAUAGCGGAGGAUCGUUCUAUUGAGAUAAAAGAAGCGAACCUUCAGGACCUAAAGCGACAGAAAGCCGAUCAGACACAGAUAGCGGCCGCUGUGAAUGAAUUGGAGGAAGCAAGGCGCAAAUUUCAGACACAUAGAGAACAGUUUGGGCCGCCACAGCCUUGUGACGACGUGAGCGAGGCUGAGGAGGAAGAGGAGGUGCCGGUGCCCGCAACAAUAGUUCCAGCCCCGAAGCCACCUAGUGUUCGCCGUCCCGAACUGUACGACUACGUGCAUCAUGAGCAGGCUAUCUUAGUUCGUCCCAGGCACAAUAUUGUCGAACCAAUGCAUGGAGGAGGAGGUAUAGUAAUUCGGCACAAGGUCAGGAAGCGCGUUCGGAAGGGAGGAACGGGAAGAGGAGGGAUUGAAGUGGUAGUGGAACGGCGAAAGGAACAGGAACAGUCUCCUUCUCGGUCACCGCGUUCAGGUUCUGCCAAGUUUAAUACCUGGCUAUUUACCUAA